AAUAUUCGUUGACGUAAUAUGCGUUAAUACGGAAGUUUUAUAAUAAUUUUGUCAGUGUGAUUUUAGUUUUACAUUGAAAAUGUUCAAUUAUAAAUAUUUAACUAAGGAACAUUUAAAAGGAUUCAAUAAUUAUAAGUACAAUGCAAUCGACACGAGCCCCCUCAGCAGAUACGUGAUGCAUCCCACGUGGAACUUCUGCGUUAAGUUUAUACCGAAAUGGAUCGCUCCGAACGUCCUCACGUUCGCUGGGUUCCUUUGCAUGGUGCUCUGUGCGCUAAUAAUCCUCGUGUACGACUAUGAUUGCACCGCGUCCGGUCGUCCCGGGGAGUAUGAGAUAGAAGAAUCUAUGCUGUCACGUGUUGUGUUCACCGUUUGUGCGUUUCUGAUAUUCAUUGCUUAUAAUUUAGAUGGUAUGGACGGCAAGCAGGCGAGGCGGCUGGGCUUGUCUGGUCCUUUGGGAGAAAUGUUCGACCACGGUCUGGACUCCUACAUCGUGUUCCUCAUACCCUACUGCUUGAUAUCCGUGUUUGGGAGGGACCAGUAUUCGACCACCGUGUUCAGAGCAUACCUGAUAGUAAUGAGUAUUGUGCUCAAUUUUUAUGUUAGUCACUGGGAAAAAUACAACACGAGGACGCUGUAUCUGCCGUGGGGAUAUGAUCUCAGUAUGUGGGCGUCGUCCCUUCUGUUUCUGUUAGCUGGUAUCAAGGGUCCUGCCGUGUACAAAGUGAUCGUUUAUGGUAACUUUAAAUUCGUCGACGCUUUGGAAAUGACAAUUCACGCAACGGGCUUGUUCACGACGUUACCUGUUGCCAUAUAUAAUGUAUAUCUAUCAUACAAGAAUAAAACCGGCCACAUGUACUCGAUGACAGAGUGCCUUCGACCGAUUUGGGGGAUGUUAAUAAUGACUGUCACUAUGACGGUUUGGGUGUUGUGUUCGUCGAACGAUAUCCUUGCUAACGACCCUAGAAUGGUUCUCCUUGUUUUUGGAACCCUUUUCAGUAAUAUUAGUAGUCGACUCAUAGUUGCUGAGAUGAGUGAGCAGAGAUGUGACACAAUCAGCUGGAUUAAUAUACCUCUGAUAACUGCAGUCGUGAUAUCACUCUACCAACCACAGUUUGAGAUCACUGCGCUCUAUGUGUUCCUAGUAUUUGCAAUUGCAGCACAUGUCCAUUACGGUGUCUGUGUGGUCCGACAAAUGUGUGAUCACUUCAAGAUAAAGUGUUUCAUCGUGCCGAAAGAAAAGAGGAAAUAAGAGAAUUACUUUGAAGAUACAAACAAUGUACCUAAUACAAUUGUUUUCUUAUUUAUUAAAUUUAUUAUUAUAAAAUUUUAA